CUUGAAUCGAAUAGGGGACAAGAGUAUAGCACUCUUGCCAGCUAAGACUAAACUAAAGGUCACGUGCAUGGGCGCUGACGUGGCAGAGAUAUAACAGCGGAAGCAAGUGAUCAGGGGAUGCACUUUUUGAAUUCUUAACAGAUUUCGAACCACUGCGGCGCGUCGAUUCAAGGCCUUGCUUGAUCUUGACAGCCAUGUUCCUGCCAGACGGUCUCCCAGCUCGAGAUGGCCAGCAAUGUACGUUACAUGAACGCUGAGCAGACACUCGAGCCAAGUCUGUUCGACAAGCUGCCGCAAGAAAUUCUCGACAAGAUCAUCGCCCAUCUCUUUCCGAGCAGCAGGAAUCUCGGCAAUCUAUUGCGUGUCUGCACUGCAUUCUACUAUGCCGCUCUACCACAUAUCUAUCAGGCGCCCAAUGUAACGAACACGCAGCCUUAAAUCUCGCAUCCGACUUUCCCGCACCACAUGCUCUAGCAACUCAUCGCGGCCCUUCUACCUUCCGCCCUUCAACGACGCUUAUCACCUCAGCACGUUGCCUAUCGUCCCGCGCCUAGCUUCCUCGCUUCCGGCAACGCUCU